CUUUGCGGGCGCGCGGCUUGUCGGCGAGGAGGGCAGUGGCCUGGAGCUGGACGCGGAGAACUUUGACCCCGCAAUCCUCGGCACAGUGAAGAAGGCGACGAUCACGAAGGACGACACCGUGCUGCUGAAUGGCGGUGGGGAGAGCAGCAUGGUGAAGGAGCGCGUGGAGCUGCUGCGCGGGCUGAUUGACGGCGAGACAAGCGAUUACAACCGCGAGAAGCUGCAGGAGCGUCUGGCGAAGCUGAGCGGUGGCGUGGCGGUGAUCAAGGUGGGUGGCGGCUCGGAGGUGGAGGUGAACGAGAAGAAGGACCGCAUCACGGACGCCCUGUGCUCGACCCGCGCCGCCGUGCAGGAGGGUAUUGUUCCCGGUGGUGGUGUGGCGCUGCUGCGCGCGAGCAAGGCGCUGGACAGUUUGCUUGGCGACUCGUCACUCACAGCGGACCAGCGCACCGGUGUGCAGAUCAUCCGCAACGCCGUCCGUCUGCCCGCGCACACGAUCGUGCUGAACGCUGGGAAGGAGGGCGCCGUCGUGGUGGAGAAGGUGCUGGAAAACAAUGACGUCACCGUUGGCUACGAUGCGCAGCGCGACCGUUACGUGAACAUGUUUGAGGCAGGCAUCAUUGACCCCGCGCGUGUUGUCCGUGUGGCGAUCACCGACGCCGUUUCCGUCGCCAGCCUGAUGAUGACCGCCGAGGCUGCCAUUGUGGACUUGCCGAAGGAAGAAACCCCUGCGGCCGGCGGCAUGGGUGGCAUGGGUGGUAUGGGCGGCAUGGGUGACAUGUACUAA